AUGGUUUUGAAAAAAUCUUCAAGAUUCGAUUCAGGUUCAACAACAACUAAUCAAAUUGAUGCAGUGGUUUAUGUACGUGAUGAGGCCAUGAUUGCCACUACCACACAGAGGACAAUUCAAGAAAGAUUAAUGUUAUUAGAUUAUGCAUUUUCUACUAUUCGAAUUGAUUGUAAUGGUUUAGUCCAAAACUUGAAAA